GGCAUCGAUCGCCGUGCUGCCCCAGGAUCCCAAGAUGGGGACGCGUACCUAGGCUCGGGGGGGACUACAAAAGGAGCGGAGGGGGACUGCGGUUUGCCUUCGUCCCAUCACCAACCGUCCUUCAUUCCAUCUUUUUUGCUUCAAUCCCCACCCACGACCCGGUGUCGUCCAGUCAUUUCUUCAAAAUUCUUCAUUUCAACCCGGCCAGGUGUCGCUCCUUUUAAUUAAUCACUACGUUCACUUGAAAUCCACCUUCUCUCCCCCCACAACUCAUUCAAAAUGGUUCGCAUCUCCCUCGCCGCCACUCUGGCUUUCGCCAUCACCGUCCUCGCCGUAGCGACCCCCAACAACUCGGGCGCGCGCGACGUCGGCAACGGGGCAGGGAAGCAGUUCACGACGGGCGGGUGCGUCGCCGACGCCGACUGCCAGGAGGGCUGCUGCGCCAACAACGGCCAGGGCAUCGGCAUCUGCUCCGGCAUCGGCGCCGAGUUCCAGAACGGCAAGCAGGGCUGCGGCUUCAACGACCCCAACGCCGCCGCCACCAUCGCCGCCGCCAAGGCGCAGGUCCAGAAGCAGGGUUUCUAAGCAAGCUACCCUCUACUACUCCUUGAGACGAAGGAGAAAAGAACUGAAAGAUGUUCUUUUUGAGGGCGGGCCUCAUGAGUCCCCGUUCGGGCGGGCGUGACGCUGGGAUCCGUGCUACCAGGUGUAUGUAUAUAUUCGAUCGGGCCAAGUGCCGGAUUUGGAGUCACUGUGUUGCCCGGUGAGGUUAGGGGUUGAAGGGUGAUACGGAGGGAGAUGACGGCACGCUUAGGUCUACAACGGCUGGAGAGUGCGUAGAGUUGAGACAAUGCUGAAAUGCCACUCUUUGA